GUAAUAGCUCUUACGAUAUGACGCAGCUACGUCAGCAAAUGUGACAGGAAGUGCAAACCGUCAGCUGAGCGAGUGACAACAACGUCUCGGGCAUCGAUAUUGAAAAGAUGGCUUACCCUACAUCCCACAACCCAUUUGCUGAUGACGAUGAGGAAGAUUUUAAGCCCAAAAGGAGUGGCUUUGAAGAUGAAAGCGACAGUGGGAUGACAGAUGCAGAGAGGAGGCAGAAGUACCUUCAGCAGGAAGUGAUGCGCACUGCACACUCUGCUGUGGACAGCUCUUACCGUUCGCUGAGCCUCAUCUAUGAAUCUGAGAAGAUCGGUGUGGAAACUGCAGAGGAGUUGGUGCGACAGGGUGAGGUCUUGAAGCGGACGGAUAAGAUGUUAGACAACAUGGACGAAGACCUGAAAACCAGUCAGAGGCAUAUCAACAGUAUCAAGAGUGUGUGGGGAGGACUUGUCAACUACUUUAAGGGCAAACCAGAAACAAAGCCUACACCUGAAGAGCCAAAGGAGUAUCAGGCUAAUGAAAGACUACAGACUGCCAUGUCCGGUAGCAGAGGACAUGAGGAUAAGUACCAGGCCAGCCAUCCCAAUCUAAGAAAGUUGGAUACAGGAGGUUUUGGAGCUGCUGCAUCGAUGGAUGACGGCUCCUCCAGACAGAACGGAUACCCUCAGAACAGAUACCUGAGGGAUGCUCACCAGACACUUGACAGCAAUUUAGAUGAGAUGUCCAGUGGUUUGGCAAGACUGAAGAACCUCGGACUCGGUCUUCAGGGGGAGAUUGAAGACCAGGACGACUCCAUCGGAUCCCUGCUUAACAAAGUGGAUAAAAUGGAUGCCAAGAUCAUCAACACUAACCAGCAGCUUAAAAACCUUAAAUAGGACUCAUUAAUUCAACAUUAGAUACAAACUGGCAGUGGGUCGCCCUCACUAGUGACUCAUCCUCCUGGUCUUUGUCCAAUAAAGAAUAGACUGUUUCAUUUUUGUCUUAUUUUUAGUUUAUCUUCCACUAGAAAAUAACUGUGAUUUCCUGUUUCUUUGUCAGGAAUUGAACUGUGCUUUUCACAUAUGCUCUGUUUUUUUUCCUUGUCAACUCUCACUGCAUUUCUGUCUUAAUGUUUCAUGAAGUGUUUUUAAUUCUUUUUGCCCAGUCACCAAAGAUGUGCAUUGGAAUGUUUCCUAAUUUGCAUUUCAAACAAACUGAUUUGAAAGAUGGAGAUAAUUUUAACAUGUAAGUUCUUAAAAUGUGUUCUUUAUCUCUUUUUAUGUGUUUUAUGUAUUUUUUUUAGCUAGCUUAAAUGUGUAAACAAAACACAAGCAAGCAGAACGUUUAGCUGAAGUCACAUUUGCCUUACAUGUGAGGAUUAUGUCUCCACCGGUGCUUCUUCCCACAAAAUAGUUUGCUUUGAAUUUUUUUCUUAUUUGAUUUACACUGAUUCAGUCCUGCAGAAUUAUUGUAAAGCAUAAAUAAAAUCAAAAAGCUAU